AUGUCUUACCUUUCCUUGCUUUUCACCCUAAUUGCAGAGCGCUCCAUCAAAGUUACCUCCAGUACUUCCUCGAGUCCUGCCAGCAUCACAUCCCUCCUCCGGGUCACAGAAGCCAAUCGUGCUUCAAAGAUAAUGGGAAUGAACCCGGUUCAAUCAUUUGAUUCUCCAUCCAAUUCCAAUUUGAGUACCAAUCAAAGUGCAUCAAAGGUUGACGGAAAAUCGGAAAAACAAACAGCUCCCAAAAACGAAUGGGAGUCAGUUUUAGCAAGAAACGUAGCAGAGGAAGUGGCUAAAAAGAUAGCUCAAAAAUCAUCAAUGGUCGUACCAAACGUGUUACCCCUCACCACGCGAUCUUCUUUUCUUCAAAGUAGUUUCUCGGCUGAUAAAGGGACAAAUGGGCCUAGUAGCUCUAUGGGUCAUAGCACCAAAUUGACGACAGCUGAUAUGCGACGUCGUCAGCGUAAGCGCUUUGAUUUAUCAUCAUCAAAUAGCGCAGAUGAUCCCGGUUUUUCCUAUCCAUUCGAAUCCCCUGAAGCCGCUGAUUUAAUCAAAACCUGGUUAAAAAGGUCUGGAACUGAUGUGUCUAAAGUAAAGGCGUCUGAAUUACCAAGUGAAAUCGCUGCACUCUUCGGUUUGAAGGAAGGCACUGUUGCCAAAACUGUUCAGAAUAAACCUGUACAUAGAUGUAAAUAUUGUAGAUUGACAUUUGAAAAAAUAGAGAUAUUGUGGGCCCAUUGUGUCAGGGAACACUUCAAAUAUGAUUUUAAGAGAAAACCGCCACCUAAUGCUCUUUCCACAUCAGGGAGGCGGCGUUCAGCUGGUUCAUCCACAUUGAAUGUUGCUAAAGGGUCUAAAGGUUGCCCACUGAAACUGACUCCUAGUUUUUCAGUUAGUUCAGCAUCAUUGGCUGGAAUACAGACGGCUGAACCAAUGUCUUCCUCUGCAGAUGUGGUUUCCCAGAACGAAACGCCUAAAGGGCAGGAAAAGCCAAAUUCUAGCAGUGGUGUAAAUGAGGAUGAAUCUAAAUCGGCUGCUAGUAAAAUUAGUGAAAUAAGUUUGAUGUGUCCUCUGUGUAAAUUUAGUAGUACUUCUCGUGAUGCUAUAAUGGAGCACGUGGUUGCUUUUCAUUAA